AUGCCGUCACUUGGAAGCGCCAGACGUCCCGUCUUGCUAGUUAUGCGAACUAUACAGUGGAUUAGCGCGGUUAUUGCAAUGGCCUUCUUUUCGUAUUUUGUCAGCAAGAACUCGCACAGAAAUCACUUGAUCUACAACGAGGUCAUUUCGGUGCUAUCUGUUGUCUUUUUCCUCCCGGCUUUCAUCUCGCCUUUCAUGCCUAAUCUCCUGAGCAAAUAUGUUGUGCCAAUCGAUCUUAUUUUCUCCUACUUGUGGUUGACUUCGUUCAUCUUCACAGCACAAGACUUUGAUUAUGGGUUCUGCUCUUUUGCCGAAACGCCGGGUGUUUCUUGUUCCAAGAAGCGCACCGCGCAGGCUUUUACUUUCCUGGCUUUCAUCUUCACUUUCUUUGCUCUCUGCACUGAGGUUUAUGACCGAUGGGUUGACAACCCUGAGCCUAGAACCACUCGAGAGAAACAUGAUAGCAGCCGCCCCCCAAUGGACGCGCCUGUGCAGUCUGCCUAA